AGCAGCUACUUGGUUCCGCCAUGCGAUAGGCUUUCAGGGCCUCCCGCGACUGUCACGAAGGUUCCCCAGCACGGGUGGGAGAAAGAGGCCGCGCUCGCUGUGCUUGGUCGUCGCGGCCAGCGGGAAGCCAGCGCGUUCUCGGAAGCCUAGGAGUCCGACUUACCAGGACCAUGGCAGUCCCAGGUUGCAACAAGGACAGUGUCCGAGCAGGCUGUAAAAAAUGUGGCUACCCUGGUCACCUGACUUUUGAAUGCCGCAAUUUUCUCCGAGUGGACCCCAAAAGGGAUAUAGUCUUGGAUGUCAGCAGCACCAGCAGUGAAGAGAGUGAUGAGGAAAACGAAGAACUGAAUAAAUUACAGGCACUGCAAGAAAAAAGAGUAAAUGAAGAAGAGGAGAAGAAAAAAGCAAAAAGCAAAGAGAAAAUCAAGUUGAAAAAAAAAAGGAAAAGGUCUUAUUCGUCCAGUUCCACUGAAGAGGACACUUCAAAACAAAAGAAACAAAAAUAUCAGAAGAAAGAAAAGAAAAAAGAGAAGAAGAAUAAGUCAAAAAAGGGGAAACAUCACAAAAAGGACAAAAAGAAGAGAAAAAAGGAAAAGCAUUCUUCUGCCCCUAAUAGUUCUGAAAUCUCCAAAAAGUAACUGAGAUUUUGGCCUAAGCCAUUACAUUUAAAAAUUUGGUUUCAAAAAUUAUUUUACCUUCCUUGAAAUUUGCUAUAUAAUUAUGCUUUGCAAUAAAUCACAGCCUUUUCCAUGUAGACAUUUUUUCAUAUAUGGGACCAUUUUUGUCUGCCAAUAUUUUGAUAUGUUAUGAUUAUAAAGUGCUGAAUCAGUCUUACUAUUUGAUAGCCAUGCCCAAAGUAUGGAUAGCCGUGCAACAAAACCCAGCAGUUUUGGUGUUUGUGUCUGUGUCUAGUGUUACUACUUCGUCAGUUGAUUGUAAACAGCUUUCCUACGAUCAACACAGGUAAUCUGCCUAACAGUUACGAGUAUUGCUGAAUUAAGUACCCACCUUCCAGUGAUGAAGUGAGGUAGCGGAUUAUGCUUUGCUCUUGACACUGAAAAAUGUAGCAGCUUUAAAUCCUGUGAUAAUGUACAAAGAUAGUGAAAUUCUUCACUGCUGUUUUUAAACCAGGCUUUUUUGGAAAGUCAUAGGAGAUGAAGCUGCUUUAUUGGUCUUGACCAGAACUUUUUAAAUGAAUGGUGUCGGGAGAUGAUAAUGAAAAUAUUUAUAACAAAAUUUCGCUGUUUCCUGAAAUGCAGAGUUUCUAAUACCUGCCUCCUUUGUUUUUGUAACAAAAUAUUUCUUCCUUGUUUAAAAUGACAAGCCUAGUACAGCCUAUUUGUAAGUCUCACAGAGAUGAUACUGUGUUGGGCAAGAUUUUUAGGAUAGACUCCUGGGUGGUUUUACAAAUGUGCCAUAUUGGCACGUCUUAAAGAGAUACCUCAAACACAGAACUUUUUAUUUAGAAGGGUGACAGCUAAAUCUUCAUUAGAAUUGAUUUUUUAUUUUAUUCAGUAUGUAAAUUUUAUGAAGCUUGUUUCUAUGAGUAAUGUGAAACAUUUUUAUAAAUGUAAACAUAUAUAUAUUUAUUUGUCUGAAAUAGUUUGUAGUUUUGAAGCAGGUUUCCACUGAAUUUAUGAUUUCGUAAAUGACCAGUUUGGGGUGUUUCUCUCUUUUACUUCAAUCAUAAACCUCAGGAGUAGCGACAAAAAUUUAGGAUUAAGAUUUUUAUUCUGUACUUUUUAAAAUUUUAAGAGCCAGGGAGUUACAUCAUGAAAGCCUUUAUAUAGCAAUGGAAAUUUUGUAUGAGUAAGCAUUUUCAAACACGUAUUAGCAGAUAUAAAUGUUUCUACAUUUUUAAUUUCACAAUGAUCAAUGUUACUUACUUUGCUUACUACUUGGAUAUCCCUUAUGUCCAAUAGUUAAAUACUUACUGUUGUAGCAGCAUCAAAAGUCAACUGGUUAUCAUGGCACAGCACCAAAGAUUGUAAGUACCUCACUCUGGUGCAGGUAUAAAAUUUCUAAUUGGUGACCUACAGACGUGGCUGUAGGUGACAUCAUUAUGAUGAAAUCAGGUGAGUACACACAACCUCACAGGCUGGAAGGGUGUACUGAUUACUUCCUUCACCCAGCACCCCUACCUGGCGUGACCUCAGCGAGACUGGGAGAGCCUCAUAACUCCUCUUAACAUACGCUUUCUGUGCUCAGAUUCUAGGGAAGCUACAUCCACGUCUGUAUCUUAGUAUUACAGCCAUGGAAGCUCUCACGCUUCUAGCUUUUCCAUAAUGUAACUCAGUCCUGUGGCCUCCUUAGAAGUCCUCUUGUUUAAAUAGCUCAGUCAGCUGUUUGGAGAGAAACACAGAGCUCUAGGUUCUUAAGGGUAAUUUUUGCCUCUGCUGUAGUUGAUGCAUUUUGGGAAACUGGAUUUUAUGAAAAUAUAAUUCUUUGGUUAUCAGGAUGAAAUAAGUAAAAAUAAGUUUUUUAAAAAACUUUAAAAAAUGAUUAGAAAAUGCUAAUACAUGCAAAAAAGAUGGUCUUAUCCUAUUGAGUGUGUAACGUGAUUAAAAAUGAUCAUUGUAGUGACACAGUUAAUCCAGUUACACGUAAGUUUUACUUCUGUUAAUUAUAGAGGUAAUAAAUUUGUUCAUCCGAUUUGUUUUCUGAAUGGUGACACAAUCAGUGACUCAGAGUUACGUAAAAUUCAGCCCUCAUUAACCAAUAUAGUAUGCAAAUUAAAAGAUUUUAAUGCUCAGUAAUUUUUCCCCACUGGAAAGCAUCUUGGAAUUAUUAAGUAAAUUUCCUAUAGCAUGAUAAUAAUUUAUGAAAGAUCUCGUCUGAAUAAAAAUCAUUUAUUUUUACUAAAGUAA